CCCGCCGGUGCUUCAGAGGCCAGAUUCCCCCUGCAUGCUUCAAUUACCUAUACUGCACUGAAUCGAGCUUUUGUCUGGUGUAGUUUUCGUCCUCAAAAUCUGCUGUCGGUGCUAGCAGGGUCGCCUAGGUGUCAAUUAUGCCUAUCGUGCCCUACCUCCAGCAUGGCGGGCAGGUCCCGCUCCGAGGGCUCCUGCCGUCAUCAAUUCCGACGCCCUCCAUAUCACUAGUCGACAUUCCUGAAUAUCCUGAGGUAGCGAUACACACCUCUCAGACGCCCGAUGAGACACGAGGUGCUGCGCUGGACGCCUCCUACAAACACAUCGUACCUACCAUCGAUAUUCCUACAAGCUAUUCUUCGCAUAAACAAGCGUCGGGGCAAGCUCCCACGUUCGUUCCUGGUGCUGCUACGCCAUCGAAUGUUCCGGAUACUCAGAUGAAGGGCAGGAAACCCGCAAUCGCCGCCGCGGGUACAUUCUUGGGACUCUUUUCGUUCUCCCAGAUAUACCAGAACGUUCUCUUCACGAAGCUCACACCUUCCGACGAACGCGCAGACGACAUCGCAUGGGUUGCAUCAUCCCACUCGUGGCUGGACCGGAAGGCUUGCGAUUGGUUUGGACUGUGCGGUCUGGCACACUUGAACCGGGCGGGUUGGACCACCAAGUCAGAAACACAGAAGCAACACGCCACAGACACGGACACUCGAAAUAGUGACAAGAUAGAUUUGACAGACUUCUGGAAUGAUGCUCGGAACCUGCCAGAUGAUUGGGAAGCACAGGAGGAGCGUGAGAUACCAGACUACGUUCUAAAACAUGCACCCCUCAUCCAUCUCUACUCCGGAGAAGAUUACUGGCCAGGCGAUAUCGCAGAACAUCUGAUACAUACCACGCCACACCUCAAUUACACUGCGCUGCAAGCAGCUCAGGAUCAUCCAAAUCUGACGGAUCUCGGAGAACUCAAUAGGUGGGGUAGAUUCGUAUACCUGCAAAGUGAUGACAACGUCGAGGAUCGUCCAGAGUGGCUGGGCGGAAAAGUGAACAUUCCCAAUGUACCGAAAGACGGAAAUGACGAUGACGACGAUCGGGCUGAGCAUGAUGCUGUACAUGGUCACUACGAAGAGGACAAAGAUGGCGAAAAUUCAGGCUGGUGGCACGUAGGUCCUGGAGACACGAAGGACAAGGGUGGCAUUAGACCUGUGUUGACAUCUCCUGGACUCCCAGUCCCGACCGCGACGCCUGAAGGCGACGAGCUUGUAAAUGACGACGACCCAUAUUGGCAACCAGAACUGCGCAAUCGUCACCGCAGGUUGGCGGGCAAGAAGGUAGUAGGUGGUAGAAGCGAUGCGCCUGCAGUGCUCAUCGUUGUGCCCAAGGGCGAUGGUGUCGUAGACGCUUUCUGGUUCUUCUUCUACAGCUACAACCUCGGAAAUGCUGUCUUCAACAUACGGUUCGGCAACCAUGUGGGUGAUUGGGAGCACACGGUUGUUCGCUUCAAGGAUUGUGAGCCGAAAGCCGUAUUCUUCAGUGAGCAUAGCUUUGGUGAGGCAUACACGUGGGACGCCGUUGAAAAGAGUGGCAAGCGGCCCAUUGGCUUCUCCGCCACUGGAACACACGCAAUGUACGCAACCCCCGGUGUCCACCCCUACGUCCUCCCUGGCGGCAUCCUGCACGACGUAACAGACCGCGGUCCUCUCUGGGACCCUGUGCAAAACAUGUACUCAUUCACCUACCACUACCAAUCUGACACUCUCCUCUCCUCGAACCUUCACCCUACCGCACCCGUCAGCUGGUUCUACUUCGCCGGCCACUGGGGCGACAAGUUCUACCCCCUUAGCGAUGCCAGACAAUAUCGCUUCUUAGGGCAGUAUCACUACGUGAAUGGACCUUUGGGCCCCAGAUUCAAAAACUUGGGCAGACAAGAAAUUUGCCAAGGGAAUGGGGAGUGCGUGCUCAAGAGAUGGAUUGGGGAUAAGACGAAGAGGAUCAAGAGGUGGGAAAGUGUUGGGGAGGGAGAAGAGAUGAGUGAGGAUGAUGCGAGGAGGGUGUGGGGCGCAGAAUAUGACUCUGCUUCCUGAAGAGACGAGCGGACAACCGCAGACAGACAUGAGAAUGAGAGGAUGCGUAUAUAAACUGCGACGUUUGGAACAAAGUCGAUAUGUUGCGGCACGGAGCUUGGCGUUUGGAUGGAGUAUUCGACACGAAAGCAUAGCGUUUUGCACAGCGACGCGUACUGCUGUACUAUAUUUUGCAGCGAUAUGUCUUUUCGAGAUACCUAUUGUAGCACAUGAACAUUGUUAUUCGCUUGCUUCAGACUCGUCUUCAGGAAUAUGAUUGUUGAGCUGCCAAAGCUAUCACGUGCAGCCAUACACUGCGCUGUCGGCAGGUCAGGCGGGCGAAGAUUGGCCGUAGUGAUGCAGGG